AUUAUUAAAAAUAUUAUAAAAUCUUCAUAUCAUCUUCAUCACCGUCACAAACUGAAAAAACGACGACGUUUUCAUCCACCGGUUAAUUUGAGAAUUUGGGGGAAUUAUGAGAUUAGGGUUAGGGUUUGGAAUCAGGGGUUUUAGGUUUUGAGUGGAUAUUGGGUGGGCCGGGAUCGUGGUGGGGUUAAAUUAAGGGUGGAAUUGUGAAGGAUAAUGUGUAUACUGUGUGUGAUUCAGAAGUGGUCACGGAAAAUCGCUACGAUGUUACCGUGGUUAGUGAUACCGUUGAUUGGACUAUGGUUAUUGUCGCAGUUCUUGCCACCGGCGUUUAGGUUUGAGAUUACGUCGCCGAGGUUGGCAUGCGUGUUGGUAUUGUUGGUUACGUUGUUUUGGUACGAGAUAUUGAUGCCGCAGUUGUCGGCAUGGAGGGUUAGGAGGAAUGCGAGGUUGAGGGAAAGGAAGAGGUUUGAAGCGAUCGAAAUGCAGAAGCUUAGGAAAACGGCGACGAGGAGGUGUAGGAAUUGCUUGACGGCGUAUCGGGAUCAGAACCCAGGGGGUGGGAAGUUUAUGUGUUGCUAUUGUGGGCAUGUGUCGAAGAGACCGGUUUUGGAUUUGCCUUUACCCCCUGGGUUGGGUGGGUUGACGAACGGUGGGAUUUUGAAAGAUUUGGUUGGGAAAGGUGGGAAGAUGUUGAAUGGGAAGGUUUGGUCUGAUAAUGGUUGGGUUUGUGGGCAGGAUUGGUUGGAGAAUGGUGGGAGUUGGGUUGGUGGGUCUUUUUCGGGGAAGUCUGGUUUUCGUGGGAAUAAUAAUGGGUAUUCUAGUGGUGGCGAUGACAAUUGUUUUGCGGAGAAGUCUUAUUCAAGUUUUGUUGUUUUUAUAUACAAGAUUUUAGCAUCGGUUUUCAUGAGUAUUAUGUGGAUUUGGAGAAAGGUAUUUAGGGUUGGUUCAUCUGAUGAGGAUGCAUUGUCAGAUGGAGAGAUGAGGGACCUGGCUAAAAAAGGUGAAAAUGGAAUGAAUUGUAAUGAAAGUAAAAGCGAAAAAGCACGAAGAAAAGCCGAAGAGAAAAGACAAGCUAGAUUAGAGAAGGAACAAUUGGAGGAAGAAGAAAGAAAACAAAGGGAGGAGGUUGCUCGGUUGGUAGAAGAACGUAGGAAGUUAAGAGAUGAAAUAACUGAAGCUGAAAAAGAUCGGUGUAAAGUAUCACUACGUGAAAAAAACAAUAAAAGAGAAGUUGAAAAGAAACGACAUGAAAAAAAGAAAGACAAAGACAGGGGAUCUAGUAAAAGCAACUCGGAUGCAGAUGAACUUGAAAAACGAGCAGUUAAGGAAAGCGAAAGAAACAAGAAACUUGAAACUGAUCGCCGGGAAAAUCAAAAAGGUACUACACAAAGUAAUAACAUUGGAAGCGUUGGCACCAGAUAUUUGGAUCGAAUGAGGGGUAGCUUUUUAUCAUCCUCUAGAGCAUUUACUGGUGGUGGAUUUUUUGGUAAAGGCACCGGUGCAAAUACUAGUAGCACUAGAGAACUCAAAUCUAGCGUUGCUUCUGAUCAUGUACAGAAUACUACUUCCAGCAGGAGAGACCCUACUCAGUCUGAGCCACCUGGGAAAUCAAAUGCUUCUACAGAUGAUAAGAACAUUGCUCGUCCAGUACAGGUUGAGCCCCAGCCUUCAGGGCCAAAAAAAUCAUGGCAGCAGCUAUUUACAAGAACAUCAACUGUUCCGUCAUCUUCUAGUACAAAUGUCAUAAGUAGGCCUAAUGGAAAUUCCCAGAAAGAGGUUCAGAGUCCCAUUUCAUCUCAUAUUUCAGUGACUCAGGGAUUUGAUAACCCCAUUACAUUUGGACUUCCUAAUACUCUACCAAAUUUUGCUUGUGAAGAUCCUUUUAUUAAUACGGGUCUUCAGCUAUCAUCCAAUUCUGUAUUUCCUCGAGUUGGAGAAGCUCCUGAUAAAUUUUUACCUGAAGAAUCAGAUAUUUUUGAAGACCCAUGUUAUGUUCCUGAUCCCGUGUCAUUGAUUGGACCAGUUUCAGAGUCGCUUGGGUUUGUACCUGAUUUAGGGUUUCAGAAGCCACAUCCAAUAAAACAUAUGUCCGAUUUGUCUGAAGUGAGUAAGCCAUCGCCCAUUGAGAGGCAUGCCAAUUCUUUCUUCUCUACCAGUACACAGACAGCUCAAGAUAUGAACAGUAUAUCAAUUGAAGAUCAAGGUCAGGCAAGUGAAAGAGGGUGGCAGAUAUGGGAUAGUCUUGGUUCUGCAGGUGACCCUUCAAGCUGGCUUUUACCUGCAGAGCUGUCUGGACCGCAACCUCAAAGAACUAUGGCUUCCUUGUUCAAGAAAGAUGAUCAAAAAACAUACAGCCAUUAUGUGCCUGGUACAGAUGAUGAUCCAUGGAUGCCAAUGACUUAUGGCUCGAUGUCUGAAAGUGACAAGCAUACUACUCGGAAUGAAUUGGUUUAUGGGAGUCCGAAUGGAUCUGCUAUUAACCAUCCAUUUCAGCUGUCUCAAGGCAAUUUUUGGGCCAAUAAAGAGAGGGCUGUUCCAGUUUCAAUUGAAGUAGGAAGUGCAUCAACCACAAGAGCUGUUGGUGGGCUAUACUCCACCCCAGAUGUACAGUCUGUUUGGUCAUAUGAACGAAGAGAAAAAGGAAGAACUUAAAAUACGUAAAGAUGAGUACGAUGAGGGACUUGUUUCUUUCUAUUCUGAAGUGGAAAUGAAUGAGCCUCGUUUGGAGGAAAGUUUAGAAUAUUGGAUGCAUAUAUUGUAUCCUCCUCUCUCUCUUCGUUAUUAGCCAGAUUUAAUUACAUUUUCUCUUACACCAAUCAAUACAAGUGACCUGCAGGUCCAUUUACUUCUUACUUUUACACAUUGCGUUGGAGCAAACUGUGAAGAGUGGAGGGUCAUGGGUUGGAGCCCUGAAGGCCUUGGUGCAAUUCCUGUUUGUACUAAUGGUAGUUCUUGUAAUGGUGGGAUUUUAUUUCAUUUUAACCAAAGAAAAUAUACCAAACACUUCUGAUAA